CGGAGGGGGCGGGGCAGGUUUCUGGACUUUUCUGCAGUUUUCAUUGUUGACGUCGCGCUGAGAUCAGAGUUAGCGCAUCUGGCAACUGAGGGCGGGAAGGGAGACGAGAAGAGGCGACACUCACAGCAGCAGCGAGACAGCUGUAGAGGAGGAAAUGGUGGAUUACUAUAAUACUUUGGGAAUCUCUCGCAAUUCCUCUCAAGAAGACAUCAAGAAAGCAUACCGGAAACUGGCACUACAAUGGCACCCUGACAAGAACCCAGACAAUAAGGAAUUUGCAGAGCAGAAGUUUAAGGAAAUUGCAGAGGCUUACGAAGUGCUAUCAGACAGAAGUAAACGAGAAGUUUACGAUAAAUAUGGAAAAGAAGGAUUAGUUGGUGGAGGUGGCGGAGGUCCCAGCGCUGGAACAGAGUUUCCUGAUUUUAUCUUCUCAUUCCGUAGCCCAGAUGAAGUAUUUAGAGAGUUCUUUGGUGGCCGCGAUCCUUUCGCAGAGUUGUUUGACGACUUUGGCCCGUUUUCUGAUGUGGUUGGGAUUAACCGAUCCCGACAUGCACCUGAAUCAUUAUUUUCAUUCCCGUUUCCCACUGGAUCAGGGUUCUCAUCUUUCUCCACCAAUAUUGGUGGGGUUGGAAUGGGCCGUUUCCGAUCCGUCUCAACCUCCACGAAGUUCGUUAAUGGGAAACAAGUAACCACCAGAAAGAUCGUGGAGAACGGUGAAGAGAGAGUAGAAGUGGAAGAAGAUGGGCAGUUGAAAUCGGUUCAAGUCAAUGGUGUGGAAGACCAGAUGGCUCUGGCUCUGGAGUUGAGCCGGCGGGAACAGCAGCAACUUCAGGGUGACCCUUCACGAUGGGAUCGCACCCAGGACUCCAUGGACCCGCGCCUUGCCUAUGGUUUUGGGGAUGAUGAUGAUGAGGAAGACGAGGCCCUCCAGCUGGCGAUGGCCUACAGCCUGUCUGAGAUGGAAGCCCAGGGGCGAGGAGCAGACACAGAAUUCCAGGCUUAUUCAGGGUGACUAGCAACAGUUAUUUUCCAGCAGGAUUGGAAAGCAAGUGUGGAAACUAACACAAACGAGGUGUAGUUGGAAUACGGUGCUUGCGAUGGCUGUCUGAUCAGUAUUGUAACACUCAUUAAAAUGUUGUCUCUCCGUCUACUUUUUAUACAGGAGCACUUUAACUUGGAAUGUAUAGUAAAGUUCGUUGUGUGUUUGAAAAUUGGACAACUUGAAAUACACUAUGUAUAUGCUUUAUUUACUGUUUAAUGAAAUAUUCUGUUCUGAAUUUUUGGUCUUUUGAUGCUUUGUUGGAGGAUUGUGGUGUGAUGGGUCAGUGUUUGAAUUUUUUUUCAUUUCUUGCCUUUUAAAAGAAUGUAUGAUUUUGUGUGUGUAGAUUAUUCUGCAAUUAAUUUAACCCUCCCCUCCCACAUAUCCCUCCAUUUUUCUACCAUCCAUGUGUCUUUCCAAGAGUUUCUUAAAUGUCUCUCAUGCAUCUGCCUCCACCACAACCACUGGCAGGGCAUUGCACACAUUGACCAAUCUCUAUGUAAAGAACUUGCCUCUGACAUCUCCUCUGUACUGUCCUCUAAUUACUUUAAAAUUAUGCCCCUCCAGAUUAGCUAUUUCCACCCUGGGGAAGACUUUGAUGUCCACUCUAUCUAUGCCUCUUACUAUCUUGUACACCUCUAUCAAGUCUCCUCUCAUCCUUCUUCACUCCAAGGAGUGAGCCCUAGCUCAUGCCCAUAAAACAAGCUCUCUAAUCCAGGCAGCAUCCUAGUAAAUCUCCUCUGCACCCUCUCUUAAAGCUUCCAGAAUUGAACAUAAUAUUCCAAAUGUUUAACCAGGGUUUUAUAGAGGCGCAGCAUUACCUUGUGGCUCUUAAACUCAAUCCCCCAAUUAGUGAAAAGCAACACAUCAUACACCUUCAUAACAACCCUAUCAUCUGCAUGGCAACUUUGAGGAUCUAUGGAAGUGUUGAUCAGAUUAUCAGUCUUUUGAGCUUAAUCAAUAACUCUACUUCCACCGCUCUUCCCUAAUGGAAGAAAUCCCUCUACCUUAAAUAGAUAGUUUCUUAUUCUGAAUUCUUAACCUGAAAGACUUCCUGGUAUUUCAUAAGAGGAAUUACCAGACAAGCCUUGAGGCAGAAUUGUGCAAGUUGAUGUUAGCUCAGAUUUACCUCGGUAGGUUUUAGGAGGGGGGAGAGGGAGAGACAAACAUGAGAGCCUACAAAUGCUAGAAUCUGGAGCAACAAACCGUCUGCUGGAGGAACUCAAUGGGUUGAGUGGCAUUUGUGAAUGAAAAUGCAUCGGGUUGAAAUCCUGCAGCGGGGGGAGAGACAGAGAGACGGGGUCAUUUGGGGAAAGUAUGAAAUUAGAAUCAGAAUCGUGUUUAUUAUCACGGAUAUCUGUCAUGAAAUUUUGUUUUGCAGCAGCAGUACCUUGCAAUGCAUAAAAUUUGAUACAAAUUAAAAUAAGAAAAUAUUAAAAAUAAAUAAAUUCAUGCAAAAAGAGGACGCAGUGGUGUUCAUAGGUUCAUGGACCAUUCAGAAAUCUGGUGGAGGGGAAGAAGCUAUUCCUAAAACGUUGAGUAUGCUUCUGUGGGCUCCUGUACCUGAUCUGAUGGUAGUAACAAGAAGAGGGCAUGUCUUGGAUGAUGGGGUCCUUUAUAAUGGAUAAUGCCUUCUUAGGGCAUUGCCUUUUUAAGAUAGGCAGCUAGUGCCCAUAGAAUUGGCUGAGUGUGCUACUUUCUGCAGCUUUUUCUGAUCCUGUGCGGAGUCUCUCCAUACCAGGCAGCGAUACAGCUAGUUAGAACGUUCUCCAUGCUACUUCUGUAGAAACUUGUUAGUCUUUGAUGACAUACCAAAUCUCCUCAAACUCCUAAUGAAUGCCUUCUUCAUGGUUACAUCAAUAUGUUGGGCCGAGGAUGGAUCCUCUGAGAUUAUUUACACCCAGAUACUUGAAGCUGCUCACUCUUUCCACUGCUGACCCUCUGAGGACUGGUGUGUGUUCCCUCGACUUCCACUUUCUGAAGUCCGCAAUCAAUUCCUUGACCUUAUUGACAUUUGGUGAAAGGGUGUUUUGCAAUACCACUCAACAGGCUGAUCUGUCUCACUCCUGUAUAACUCAUCAUCACCAUCUGAGAUUCUCCCAACAUCAGUUGUGUAAUUGGCAAAUUUAUAAAUGCUGUUUGAGCUGUGCCUCACCACACAGUUAUGAGUGCAGACAGAGGAGAGCAGCAGGCUAAGCAUGCAUCCUUGAGGUAUACCUGUGUUGUAGUGGUUUGAAACUGAAGCAACAAUUACAUCCAGGGAUAAUGAAAAGAUCUGAUUUGGAAGUGCAGAUCAGGUAGUGAAGGCUGGUAGCUGCCACCUCAAAGAUUCUCCUCAACCUCUUUGGAUUGGCUUUCUCCUGUGGUUUCCUGAGGCGUUAGUUAGUUCUUCAUUUUUCCAUCUUCUGGCUUACACAUUCCUUGGUUCACCAAAUCUGUUAAUUAUUCCUUGGUCCAGGUAUUCCCCAAAUCUGUUAAUUAUGGUCUUGCCAUGACCAUUAUUUGAUUUAUCACGAGGAAGCUUCCAUGUUUAUUACUGUAGCCCAUAAGAACUUAAGACCAUAAGACAUAGCAGAAUUAGGCUGUUCAGCCAAUUGAGUCUACUCCACCCUUCCAUCAUGGCUGAGUUAUUAUCCCUCUCAACCCCAUUCUCCAGCCUUCUCCCUGCAACUUUGACGCCAUUACUAAUCAAGAACCUAUCAACCUUUGCAUUAAAUACAGUAUACCCACUGACCAUGAGGAGGUCUGUAAUAGUCAGCAGGACUCUGGGCAUAGAGAACAUUGGGGGAGGUGAGGUGUGCUGCCAGCUGCCUUAGAGAACAAUGCAACACAGAUGCAGGCCUUUCAGUCCAACCAGAUCAUGGUGACCAUGGUGCCCACCCAGCUAGUCCCAAUUUCCUGUGUUAGCCCCAUAUCCCUUCAAGCUCCAUCCUGCUUUGUACUUAUCCAAGUGCUUCUUGAAUGAUACUAUCAUAUCUGCAUCAACCACUCCCUGUGACAGCUCAUUCUAUACACUCCCCACCCUCUGCGCCUCAGUUCCCUUUUAAAUCUUUCCCCUCUAGCCCUAAACCUAUGUUCCUUAGUUCUGGACUCCCCUACCCUGGGAAAAGAUUGUUACCAUCCACUUUAUCAAUGCCUCUCAGAAUUUUAAACACUUCUCUAAGGUCGCCUGCAAAAUUCUGGAGGAACUGAGCAAGUCCCGCAGUAUCUAUGGAGGGUAAACAGUAAAGACUGAUGGAGGGUCAGUGUUCAUUCCCCUUCAUCUGCUUAGUUCCUCCAGCACUUUGUAUAUGUUGCUGAAGAUUGCAGCAUCUGCAAAUCUCUUGUUUUUAAAGUAGCCCCUCAUUCUCAUCUUUCAAGGAAUGAUUCCUAGCCUGGCCAAUCUGUCCCUAUAAUUCAAGCCCUCUUGAUCUAGCAACAUCUUUGUAAAUCUUUUCUCCAGUUUAACCACAUUCUUCCUAUAAUAGGGUGACCAAAACUGUACACAGUAUUCCAAAUGCCAACGUCUUGAACGAUUACAACAUAAUAUCCUAACCCCCACACUGAUGAAUGCUGACUGUUAAAGGCCAGCAUGCCAAAUGCCCUUUUUUGCCACUUUGUUACCUGUGAUGCUGCUCUCAGUGAACUAUGCACUUUUACUUCGAAGUUCCUCUAUUCCUUGAGAAUAUUGUUCAUUUAUCCAUUGCUGGUUUGACUUUCUAAAAUGCAUCACCUCACAAGAUCCAUUUUCUGCUCCUUGACCCACUUCCCUAACUGAUCAAGGGGAUUGUCUCCCUUUGGAAGCUGAUGAAAUGAUGUUUUUUUUGGGGGGGGGCGAGGGCGGUGGAUAGAGUUGGUGGCAAGAUUGGAUAUACUGUUUAAUGGUGCUAGUUCACUGUUUGACUGUCCUACUCUAUAUAGAGCAUGGGGGCUUGGCACAGGGGCUAGAGAACAACGAUAGAAGAACCAUUAGAGUUGUAGAACUCUACAACACAGAAACAGUCUCUUCAGCCAUCUAGUCCACACUGAACUGUUAUUCUGCCUAGCCCCAGCACACCUGAACCAUAGCCCUCCAAAUUUCUCUUAAGUGUGCAAUCAAACAUGCACCCACCACUUCUGCUGGCAGCUCAUUCCACAAUCUCACCGCCCUCUGAGUGAAGAGGUUCCCCUCAGAUUCCCCUUAAAUAUUUUAUCUUUCACCUUUAACCUAUGAUCUGCAGUUCUGGUCUCUCACAAUUUCAAUGGAAAAAACCUGCUUGCAUUUACCCUAUGAUUUCUCUCUGACUCUGUCUUAUAUGACUAUAAAUACUCCUCAUAAUUUUGUAUACCACUAUCAAAUCUCCUCUCAUUCUCCUACACUCUAGGGAAUAAAAUCUUAACCUAUUCAAUCUUUCCCUAUAACUCAGGUCCUCAAGUCCUGGAGUUAUCCUUGUAAAUUUUCUCUGUUCUCUUGCAAUCUUAUUGAUAUUUUCCUGUAUAUCUCUACAUAGUUAUAAUCUCUUUGCAAAUUGUUUGCCCUCAUUGUAAUUUCUGUUGUUGUCACAAAAUUUGCCAUAAGUGCACUGGUUUCCUUAGAACAUAGAACAGUACAGGCCCUUUGGCCCUGAUAUUGUGCCAACUGUUUAACCUACUCCAAGAUCAAUUUAACCCUUCCCUCCUUCAUAGCCCUCCAUUUCUCUUAUCAUGCAUCCACGUAGAUUGGGAAACUGCAUUGCUGAGUAUCUUUGCUCUGUCCGGAAUAGGUGGGAUUUCCUGGUGGCCACCCAUUUUAAUUUUACUUCCCAUUCCCAUUCUGCAAUGUCAGUCCAUGGCCUCAUCUACUGCCAUGAUAAGGCCACUCUCCUGUUGGCGGAGCAACAGCUCCUAUUCUGUCUGGGUAGCCACCAACCUGAUGGCAUGAACAUUGAUUUCUUUAACAUCUGGUAAUUUCUACCACUCCCCCUUCUUUUUAUCUAUUCCCCAUUUGGCUCCCCUUUUACCCCUUCUCUGCACCUCCCUCCACUGUCCCUGCUCUGUCUUUUUCUAACAUUGUCCACUCUCAUCUAUCAGAUUCCUCCUAUUUCAACCCUUCACCCCUUCCACUUAUCCCUCCCAGCUUUUUACUUCCCCCUCACCUAUCCCCUGCUGAAUUGUACUCCUCUCCAUACCGCACCACUUUCUUAUUUUGGCUUCUUCCCCUUUCUAUUUCUGAUGAAGGGUCUUAACCAUUUAUCCCCCUCUGUAGAUGCUGCCUGACCUGCUGAGUUCCUCCAGCAUUUUGUGUGAGUUUCUCCUGAUUUCCAACACCUGCAGAAUCUUUUGUGUUUAUAAUUUGCUU